AUGUUACCUAUUUCUAUAACACUUUGGACGGAGACCUAGCCUAACGAAACAGAAGAAAGAUCGGAACCAGUCAUAGCUCUCAAUCUCACUCCGAAUCUCGUUCUCUUUCGCACUCUCGCUCUCAACCUCACUGGCGCUCUCAAUCUCACUCCGAAUCUCGUUCUCCUUCGCACUCUCGCUCUCAACCUCACAUGUGCUCCUCCGCUCUUUGAAUCUCUCUCUUGUUUCAACAAAUUCUAGGGUUGGAUUUGUUAUUCUCUGUUUUGAGAAACAAUUGAAGGGGGGUCGAUAUUUUCCUCUCACAGCUGUUCAGAGUUUUGAUGCUGCUGGAUUCAAGAGUGUUUCUCAAAGCUUUCGCAUCGACAGCGAGGAGCUCUUCAAACGCUGGCUAACUAAUAGAGAGAUUUAUCUUACGCACUUUCUAUAAUUGUUAUAGUGUUAUGGGAAACAAGAAAGAGAAACUUUAAGGUCAAGCAUCUCAAUGAGAGAUAUUAUCUAUGAACAAGAAGAGCAAAUUGGAUUAGGUCCUCGUCAAUCCCGAUUAAUAUCAACGGUGAAGAAAAGUAGAGGAUUGAAAGGUGGUUCUAUGGUUAAUAUCAUUGGUGAGCUAGAGGAUACUGCAUCAAGCCCUUCUCAAACACCUUUAGUACCAUAUGCUAAUGAUGAUAGACCAGUUUUAGCAUCACCCCAAACUAAUGAUGAUGAUAAACCAGCAACCAAAAGAAAAAGGGGUCCGACAAAGUGCCUUAAAACUCAUGGUUUAAGCUAUGAGGAUCGGCUGCCAAUAAGAUUAAAUAAGUAUGGUCAACCAAUUGGUUGCAAUCGAGCCAAGUUAAGCAGUCAUUUAGGAACUUUGGUUAGAAAUGCACAUCUUGCUCCAUUGACAUACACAAGUUGGCAUGGACUUAUGAUUUUAAAGGAACAAAGCAAGAAGAAUAAAGCUAGUAGAGCAAAGAAUACAAGUCAGCAUACAACAGGAUCAAAAACAUUUGCUGAAAUACGUGAAGAGGAGGCAAUGAAAAAUCCUGAUAGAAGAGAACCAUCUCGGGUGAACAUGUUCUUUUUAACACACAAGUCAAGAGAUGGAAAACCAAUGAGUGAGGGAACAAGCAAAUUUUUUUCUGAGCUUGAGGAUGCCAUAGUUUCACAUCCUGAAAAAUUAGAAAGCACAAAUCAAGAUGAUAUACUUUCCCAAGUAUUAGGAAAAGAUCAACCCGGUCGUGUCCGUACUUAUGAUAGAGGUGUUGUAGCUUCAGAUUUGUGGGGAUCUAGAUCUCAAGUUGAGAUGGAGAGGUUAAUUAAAGAAGUUAAAGAGAAUGCUCAAACAGAAAUUCAGAAUAUACAACAAAAGAUGCAAGAGGAGAUGGAAAUAAAACUUCAAGAAAGAGUGGAGGACAUGAAGUCACAGAUGUUGUGUGGAUUUAAUGUAUUUUUGAAUCAACUACAGAAAAAUCUCCCAGGAGUAGAAAUUCCAAAUCUCUCUUUUCUAUCAACUACUUUAAAUACGAAGGAAGUAGAAGCUACUGCAACAGCAAAUCAUGAAGUUUUUACUGCUGAAAAAGAGGCUUUUUGUUCUUCUCUUACUCAAGAAGUUCUUGACUUGAAAUUGGAGAAAAUGAAGCAUGACCAGCAUAAGAAAAGAUCAAAAAAGAAGAAAGUGGUGUGCUUGUAAUAUUGAGAUGAAUUUGUGAAUUUGUGAAUUUAAUGAAAGAGACAAACUUGUACAAUGAUUAUUGAUUAAAGAGGCUAUAAAAAUUUCAUUUUGUGAAUUUGUAUAUUUAA